UUGUGUUUUUCUGCUUUUCAAACCAGGAAGAUGGAUCUGCUGUCGAGCAAAUGGGUCUUUAACUUGUUAGUUUGUUUGUUUUUCGUAGGAGUCCGUUGUAACUCAGUGGAAAACAAGAUUUAUGUGAAUUUGAACCACAGUUCCCCAUGUGUGCGAUUGCUUAAUGCAACUCAUCAAAUCGGCUGCCAGUCAUCUUUGUCGGGUGAUGUGGGAGUGCUCCAUUUGCUUGAGUCAGAGGAAAACCUGGACUGGGUGCUGCGCACUGGUCCCAACCCUCCCUACGUGGUUAUCCUGGAGUCCCCUUUAUUCACAAGAUCCAUCAUGAUGAAGCUGAAGAACGGUUCCAGCAGAGUGGCCGGAGUGGUUGCUGUUGCGCCGAUCACAAAUCCACCAGACGGCUUCUCUCCACACAACACCUGUCCCAAUGAGAACACAGGGGUGUAUUCAGAGGACUACGACCCGACCCUGGCUCAUUGCAACGUGACGGUGUGGAACCCUCUGGGCAACAGUUUGUCCUACGAGGAGUUUGACUUCCCCAUCUUCUCCAUCAAAGACGACAAUGACACACAGGUUAUACGACAGUGUUACAUGGACCAUAAUCGACCUUUGGACGGCAGCGCCCCUCGGUACCCUCUGUGUGCCAUGCAGCUUUUCUCCCACAUGUCCGCCGUCACUGACACGGUCACCUGCAUAAGGAGAAGUAGCAUCAAUUUCAGCCUGAACCCAGAAGAUGUGUGUGAUCCGUUGGGUGACUUUAACGUUUGGGCCUCCACCAACCCUCUAAACAACACCGCCAAGGGCCACAAGGCAGGAGAGACUGUGAUCAUCGCAGCAGCCAGGAUCGACAGCAGGUCAUUUUUCUUUGAUGUGGCUCCUGGAGCAGAGAGCACCGCCGCAGGGCUCGUCACUCUUCUGGCGGCUGCCAACGCUCUGCGCAACUUCACUCAGGACAAUCAGCUCAACAGAACCAUCUUGUACACGUUCUUCCACGGGGAAACAUUUGACUACAUUGGCAGUUCGAGAAUGGUGUAUGACAUGGAGAAAAAUCAGUUUGUUGUGGACUUGGACAACGUUCACUCAGUGCUGGAGAUCGGACAGGUGGGUCUUCAUGGUGACUCAAAGCUCUGGCUUCACUCUGAUCCCGUGUCCAGGAAGAACAGCAGCGUCAACGAAGAGGUGACGAAGCUCCUCAACAACUUGAACUCGGCUGCCAAAGAUUUAAAUUUCUCUGUAGAGGAGCCCAGGGUCACCCAGCCGCUGCCUCCAUCUUCCUUCCAGCGGUUCCUGCUAGCUCGGCCCAUCCCCGGAGUCGUUAUAGAGAACCACCAAACCAGUUUCACCAACAGAUUCUACCAGAGUAUGUUUGACAACGCAGACUAUCUGAAUGUGUCCUACCCACCGGACCUGACGCCAGAGGAGCAGCUGAACUUUGUUACGGACACUGCUAAGGCUCUGACUAAGGUGGCAACCAUGGUGGCUCGAACACUGUAUGUACAAGCUGGAGGAGACAAAAACCAGUCACGAAGCAUUCAGGCAGACGACCUGCUGGUGAGCCGAAUGCUGUACAGUUUUCUCGUUAUGGCCAAUAACUCCUGGUUCCAGCAGUUCAUCCCGUCUGAGUACGCAAAACAAAUCAGCAACAAAACCACAAACUUCUAUAUCGGUGUGACUGCGGGGUCCAGCGAGGUAACUUUGCUUGUCCAGCACUUAUUGGCUAAUCUGACCGGCAGCACCGUCAACAUCACUCAAGAAAACUGUAAAAACCAGAGAGAGGAUAAAGACGACAAGGAGAGCAAACAUAUCUACUACUACCUCUGGGCUCAAGGCGCAGCGCCUCCCAACAGUACAGAGCGGGACGGUUUCUGCAUUCGCUCUACAGUUCAUGUGUCCAAAGCGGUUUCCCCGGCGUUCGAAAUCAAGGAUUAUUCCUCCAAAAAUUACUCGACGUGGACCGAGUCCAGGUGGAAACAUAUCAGUGGGCGCAUAUUCCUGGUAGCUAGUCACGACCUGGAGAUGUUGACGCUCGGUGUGGGCAUCGGCGUGUUGCUAUCGUCUCUCCUCCUGACGUUCUUCAUCAGCUCAAAGGCAGACAUGCUCUUCAGCUCAGGGAGGGAACCCACCACCGCCACCUACUGAUCCACAUAAAGCUAUCUCAGGCCCGCCACCACUAAAAUACAGUUUCUACCACUUCUAUCCCAACCACGGACAGUUUCCUUUAAAACAGCGCGUGAAGGUACCCCACAGGCUACGCUCGGCAGCAGAGAGUUUCCUUUUAAUUACAACUCCGUGUUCGUGGACUCACUCAGGCGAGACGUGAUGUGACGACUGGAGUGGACUAGAUGGAUCCGGAUUCAUCAGGGUCAGAAAACACUGGUCAGGCACCAGAGGAGAGGGCCCUGUCAGUGGACAGGCUGUUUUUAUUUUUUAUUUGUUUUCCCUUUACAUUUUCAAGGAAUGUUUUGUUUAUCGUGUCGUGGGAUGCGCACUAAACAUUGGACACGGUUUUGAGUGUGCGAGAUUCUGAACGUGUGUGUGUGUUUGUAUGGGGAUUGCAAUGGUAUGUGCAAUACUGUAGCUGUCUUAUAUGUAAAAGUAAUUAAAUUAUCAAUGAGUUCAAUGACAAUAAACCACUUUCUGAGCCAAUGAUCAAAUUUGUAAAAUUAAAAUUUAGGUAGCAGUUAAGUUUUGAUGCAUUUGAGGUUCAGGAAAGCCAUUAAAGAAUUUGUCCCAGCGCUCACAAUAUCUGGAUGUAGGUGUUGACACAGUUUUACUUAUUUGGAUAAUUGAAGGGCAAAAAUAAAAUUUCUCGUGCUUUGGUGUGGCU